GUGGAUGGAUAGAGACUAGAGAGGAGGAGAAGGGGAAGAAGCAAUUCCAUCCUGGCAUCGGAUAUCUGGAAACGCCUAUUCCCGGGCGGAAGAAGGUCAGUGGCAAUCCCAAGCGCAGCGAUAAGAAUGGGAACAAACAUAAACGUGUUGAAGCUAUGGUCAGGCCUCAGAGUCUUAGGUUACCUGAUGAUCCUGUUGUUCGCAGCCAUCGUUGCCCUCACUUACUACGCCGUCGUUGUAAUCACAUGGGGCCCUCUCCUCUUUCGCUCCCCUCUCCGCCUCCCCUCCUUCCUCUCCGCCUUCUUCAUUCUCCUCCUCUUUCACAUUCUCCUCCUGCUACUCACCUCCUCCUACCUCAUGGUCCUCCUCACUGAUCCCGGUUCCGUUCCUCACAAUUCCAGACUGCCCUUCCAUUUCCAGGCAACCCCCUCCCCCUCCGCCUACUGCUCUCGAUGCCAAAACGCCAAGCCACCGCGUUCCCACCACUGCUCUAUUUGCCAAAGGUGCGUUCUCAAGAUGGAUCAUCAUUGCAUUUGGGUCGUCAAUUGCGUUGGCGCACGCAACUACAAGUUUUUUCUCCUCUUCUUGCUGUAUACAUUUCUCGAGACAACGCUGGAUUGUUUAGCUCUGGUUCCUAGUUUUAUCAGAUUCUUUGGUGGGGCCAAGACUCGUUCACUGUCUCCCGGGGGCUUUGCUGUCAUCUUUUUGGCUUCUAUUCUUAAUUUAGCCUUUGCGCUCAGUCUUCUCUGUUUCGUUGUUAUGCAUGUAUCUCUUCUGUUAAACAACACAACUUCAGUAGAGGUUCAUGAAAAGAAAAAAGGAGUUAGGUGGAGGUACGACCUGGGCUGGAAGAGGAAUUUUGAGCAGGUUUUCGGCACUAAGAAGGUCCUGUGGUUGCUCCCAUUGUAUUCAAAAGAGGAUUUAGACAACAUACCUGCACUAAGGGGCAUUGAGUUCCCAACAAGGUCAGAUGUUGAUGUAUGAAGCCUGGGUCCCUUACAGGUUUGAACCUUUUUUUCAGUAAAUGAUGCUAUUUUAUGGUUCAUGACAGUGAGUGCAGUGUAGGGCAUGAAAAUAUUUUUAUGCUCGACUGCAUAUGUUUAAAAUUAAAGAAUUGUGCAGUAGAUGUAUAUAUGUAAUCUCCGAUUCAGUUUGUAUUGGUUAUUCGUAUAAUCAUUUUAAGAACUUGCCAUCUCAAGGGAACAAAAUGUAGAUUUGCUUUCGAAGGACAAAUUCAUUCCAACUGUUUAACCUGUCGAUUAUUGUACUGUUCUGUUGAAAUGCUGUUGUAGGUUUGUUUGUGGAAUCGAUUGAUCAAAGUGGAACCUCACUUUUAUCUGUUGAUGCAUUAUUAAUCUGAUUUGUUUGUUGUACUACUACUCAUUGAUAAGAUAUUUAAAGAGUUAAUCCAAAUAUUAGAUUUGUUAA